ACUUCCGUUUGUCAAGCUAGCCAUUCGGCUCGCGGCGGAGGACUUUGAUACAUGUUGUCACUGACUACACAGAGAGGUGCAUUAAACUACCCAAAUGUACGGUUGUUGAGAGAAGCGGAAAAAGAAACAAAAUUCUGCGAGAAUGACAGACUUGGGGAUUUCACUGGCACUAUUGGCCACAACAGUACUUCUCUGCGAGGCGACGCGCAUACUGAUCUCGCGCCUCUUCUCUGGCAAGGAUUAUGCGAUUUACCUAGUGGAAAUUGUCUCGACCUACCAGCUCUGUGCAUGUACGCACGAACUCAAAGUCCUGGGCGAAGUUGGCAGAAUCGAACCGCAUAUAGCACUCACACUGACUUUCAUAAUCACGGUGGUCCACGUAAUAACUUUUCACGGGGCGUUCGCCAACCCAAAUGGUGCUAUCGAGAACGUUUACCGCAAGAAUAUCACAGGGAAAACUGCGGUGGCGCGCAUAACUUGUAUGUUUAUAGGUGGGAAAGCAGCGCAGCUCCUCGUGCCCCACAUUUGGUCCUUGGGUCUAUCCGACCACCACCUCACGCACAAAAGGUUCGGAUUUAAAUGCUUCAGUCCCAUCAAUGGGUCCCUGUUGGAGGCCGCUGGUGUGGAGCUGGCUUGCACUUUCGCUGUCCAAGCCGCAGUCCUCCACAUUCAUAAACUAGACGAGAUAUUCCACGCCCCUGUCAUCGCUGCUGUCAUUACGUCACUGGUUUACUCAGGGGGUCAUAUUUCAGGGGCUGUUUUCAACCCAAUCAUGGCCUUCUCCGUCCAGUUCCCCUGCAGUGGACACACCUUCCUGGAAUAUGCUUUUGUCUACUGGCUAGGACCAGUCACAGGCAUGGCAAUGUGCAUCCUGCUCUUUGACAAAAUCAUCCCACUCCUAUCUGGGAAAAGCACAAUGGGCGUGGGCAUCCCUGUUGUCCAGAAGAAGAAGAUACAGUAACACAUGAGAUUGUAGCCCUCUGAGUAGGCUCCUUUAUAUAUGAUGGUGCCAGGGCGGCCAUUAGUAUUUGAUUAUUAUGGUCACCUUAACAUGACUAGGUCUAAGGGCGUUCACACAUACUAAGUCUUAACUUUGUGGUCACUGAUCACAGCACAAGUUCAAUUUAUGCUGCCCUAAAAAAGGGCCAUAAUAAUCAGCUGUUGAUCAGUAAAACAUUUUUACUUAAAUUGAAGAUUUGAUGAAAAAUGUGCUGAGGAAAGGCUCCCUGGACUUUGUCAUUAUGCAAUAUUUUAGUUAUUAGUGCAGGGUUACCUCUAAUGGCAUAACAUGUUCCUGUAUGAACCUAUCUAAAACUGUCAUGACCUCAUGAAUUGAAAUUAACCUUAUAUGCAUUCAGAAAGUAUUCAGACCCCUUGACUUUUUCCAUUGUUACGCUAGCCUUUUUCUAAAAUUUAUUAAAAUUGUUUUUCCCACCCCUCAAUCUAAACACAACACCCCAUAAUGACAAAUCAAAAACAGGUAUUGACAUUUUUGCAAAUUUAUAAAAAUAGGGAAAUAUGACAUUUACAUAAGUAUUCAGACCCUUUACUCAGUACUUUGUUGAAGC